UUGGCAGCCAUUUUUGUUUCAUUUGCCGCUAAAGUGAAAGUGCAGACAGAAGAGAGAAAGAGAGAGAUACAAUCGAAGUUCCAAGGUUCCUAGUUCCCGGAAAAUGGAGAUUUCUCCGGCGGAAGAAAAGCUCGUUGGCUCCGGCGAAGCUGUUACUAAAGAAGUAUCAGACAUAACAAACAAAGCUGUAGACAUUUGUCGGAUUUGCCAAUCACCGGAGGAACCAGACAAUCCGUUGAGACAUCCGUGCGCGUGUCGAGGCUCUCUCAAGUAUAUCCACUCAGAUUGUCUUUUUCUCUGGCUCAAUCGCCGUAAACGCAACCAUUGCGAGAUUUGCAAACAUUGCUACUCAAUUGUGCCGAUUUAUUCCGAGAACGCUCCAGAGAGACUACCAUGGCACGAAUUCUUAAUGGGAUUGCUAAUGAGAGCAUUACGUUUCAUGAACCUGAUGCUUCCUUGGGUUUUCAUGAUUCCUUUCAACGCAUAUUGCUCUUCUUUUCGUCCUUGGGACAGGGAAGGUGUGUUUGUGAACCAGACUGUUUUUGAACUGUCCUUGAAAUUUCCUGGUCUAUUCUACACUGCUGAGAUAGUGUCUAGUACCACCGAUAUGGUUGUUCAAAUGGAAAUCAUAAGAGUGCUUUUAAGGAGACACCCCGAGUUCUUACGUCAUAUGAUCAUCUUAGAGAAUGGUCUAAAAGAUAUAGAUGUUACUGGAAUUGUGCUGCUGUUAGCGAAUCAUUUACACAUUCUGUGUGAUUGGUGGCAUGAUCAGCUCUUACACUUGCCAUUUCUCCAUAUCAUUCAAAGGGGACCUCUUGCACUAGCGUUUGUUCCUCGAAACACGCCGCUUCAUCAAUUUGGAGCUAUCAGAAGGUUUUUUUCCCUUUUGAGUGACAACACUUUUGCUGUUCUUGCCAUCAACAUCUAUUGGUCUUUCUUCAACGUUCUUUUACCAUUUUCGAUUGGACGAGUUGUCUUAGUUCUCCUACGUUGUUUCUCACUCGGUUGGAUUGCAGAAAAUGCAACUGAAGUGGCUGCUGGAGAUAUGGUUAUACGCUCAGUUUUAUUGGCUUUCCUUGCAAGUGUCUUUACUCUGUCUCGAAACACGUAUCUAACAAGAGUCAGAUGGUUUUUACCGUCAGUUAAGGAUACAUUCAUCUUGUGUUUUAAACUCGUUGUUCUGCCUUGGAUACUUGGUUGCUGGCUAGAUUUCUGCACUUUCCAUAUACUAGGAAAGACAGCUUCCCACAGCGUUGAGGUUCUUUCAGACUAUCCACUCAUGGCUGACAAACAUUGGUUAAUGGGAAUGUUGUACUUGGUAGUUGCUUUAAGUUGCAUGGAGCUUAUCCAAAAGAUAGUUCCGAAACGAGCCUUUUGGUAUCUGCUAGAUGUUGCAGAACCAAACUACAAAAUCACCAAACUUCAUCUUGGUCCCAUUCUCUUGGCGUUUGCUUUCCAUGGGGCAAUGGUGGUGAUUGUGCUUCACUUACCAAUAAAAACAAUCAGUCUCAUCAGCCAGUCCUUUUUCCCUCUCCAAUUUGGGGUGUACGAGGAUGAGUUUUUGCUUGGCUUACUUGUUGCUUAUACGGGCCUAAUAAUCUUCGGUCCCCAGUGGUUAGCCAAUUUAAUUAGACCAUCCAUCAGACCCAUAGUUCACAAGUGGGUUAUCACUAUCAGUUCUUUGCUCAAGUUGAGUGAUUUCUUGCUUGGAGAGCCCCGAAAACAACGUGCAAAUCGUAAUGUGAGAGUGAGACCACGUUUUCUAGUAUUUGGCAUAGCUGAAGGCUCUAUGGUCAGUUUGUAUGGAUCUCAAAGCGAUACCACCUGUGAAGAGGACACAAACGACCAAAGAGAUAAAAGGUUUAUGCUGAGGAUUGGAGUGAUGUUGGUUCUAGCUUCUCUGAGUAUGUUUCUUGUUAGUACAACCUUCAUGGCUUUACCAAUUCUACUGGGAAGGGCGUUCUUCCACUCUAUCUCUUUCUUCAUGCUAAGUUUCGGACUCAAACACGACGAUAUUUGUGCUUUCUGGAUUGGAUUCUGUAUCUUGCGAGGAAUCUAUAUCAUCACUUGCUUCGUCUAUGAUCAUUUCGUGACAGGAAGAGUCCAUUUGCUUAUCAACCAUUUCAUGAUCUUCAUCCGGAAUUUCUUGUUAUUCUCCAUAUGGAUCUCAGUCAUACCGGGAUUGCUCGGUCUCCUUAUCGACCUUAUGAUCAUCAUCCCAUCACAAGUUGCGCUAGACGAAUCCCCAGUAUAUAACUUGCUCCACGAUUGGUUGAUCGGUGUACUCGUCCUUCAUAUCUGGAUCUUUCUGACUAUGCUCACACCGAUCAACUGUUUCGCGACUGUGGUGUGGCGGGAAAAGCUUCACAGAAUCACAAGUGUCGGAAUCAACGGACUUCCCUUUAAGUGGCUGAUUCGAGAUGUUAUUGGCUCGAUCAUAGUGUCCCUUUUAUUCACUCUCUGCGUUCCCUACGUGGUGGUGAACUCUCUGUUCCCAAUUCUUGGAUUUUCCAGUGCAGUCAACUUAACCGUCCAGCGGUUCGUUUGGCCGGCGAUCCUAGUCUUUAUUCCCAUAUGGUUUAGUGUCAAGCUCAUUAGUGAUCUUAUCAUUUACCUUCACCAGCUGGAAUUCGAUAACCGAUACAAAGUGGGCGAGAGGCUGGUCGAUUUCACUGAAGAUCUCGAGUAACAAGGACCAAAACCAAUGGUUACUAAUAGAGAGUAGUCUUCAAUUAUAAGCACAUAUAUAUAGUUUCUUAUGUUAUAUCAUCUCUUAAUCUAUAGAAUCUAAGAAAUGCAAUCUACAUCUUAAGACGAUGUCUAGGAUACAAAAGGUUUUGGAAUUAGGUAUUUAUGUUAAUUCCUUGA